UACUUUCACCACUUCCGCUGUAGCAAAACCGCGGCGGCGAAGAAGUUUUCUCUUCGUUGGAGUCAAACCUCCGUGUUCGUGAAGCCAUGGAAAACCACUCGAAAUAGCACUUUUUGUAUUUUAUUGGCACUCCCAGCGCUGCUUGGAGCUGUGUCUGGGCGGUCUGCUGCUCUUCCUGGUCGGGCUGCAGCAGGUGGAGGCAGCCUCCGCCGCUGCAGAGAUGAGCAACUUGAACUGGAAGCCCUUCAUCUACGGAGGGAUGGCCUCGAUUGUCGCAGAAUUCGGCACUUUCCCCAUCGAUCUGACAAAGACGCGGCUCCAGGUCCAGGGUCAGUCCCAGUAUACAGAGGUCCGCUACAGAGGCAUGUUUCACGCCCUUUUCAAGAUCGGCAAAGAGGAGGGCAUUCGGGCGCUUUACUCGGGGAUCUCACCUGCGCUCCUCAGACAAGCUUCUUACGGCACAAUCAAGAUCGGGACGUAUAACUCUCUCAAGAGGCUUUUCGUCAGUCAUCCAGAAGAUGAGACUAUGGUCAUCAAUGUCUUCUGCGGCGUUGUCUCAGGUGUCCUGUCGUCAUCGCUGGCCAACCCCACUGAUGUCCUGAAGAUCCGAAUGCAGGCGCAGGGCAGCCUCCUUCAAGGCAGCAUGAUGUCCAAUUUCAUCAACAUCUACCAGACAGAAGGCACCAAAGGCCUGUGGAGAGGUGUCAUCCCCACAGCGCAGCGGGCCGCCAUCGUCGUCGGGGUGGAGCUACCCGUUUAUGACAUCACAAAAAAACACCUCCUCCGAUCCGGCGCCAUGGGAGACACCAUUUUAACACAUUUUAUUUCAAGUUUCACAUGUGGCCUGGCAGGGGCGCUGGCCUCCAACCCCGUGGACGUGGUUCGCACCCGGAUGAUGAACCAGCGAGUGCUGUCAGGCGGUCCCAUGUACAAAGGCACUAUGGAUGGAGUGAUGCAGACAUGGAGGAACGAAGGAUUCUUCGCUCUCUAUAAGGGCUUCUGGCCUAACUGGCUGCGACUGGGUCCUUGGAACAUCAUUUUUUUCAUCACCUUCGAGCAGCUGAAGAAACUCCCGUUAAACUAGAAAGGAGAAGUGAGACAGCACUGAUCUGUCAGGACUGUGUCGGUCCAGGAAGCGCAGUGGUGACACAGCAGAAGCAGAAGAAGCACUGGGAAAGUGCUGGCACCAGUAUAUUCACACUCCUUUACCAGCAAUUUAUCACCUGCAUCCAAAAUUCACAUUGUUUUCUUUUUCUUUGCUGUGUUCUUUUUAUUUAUUGUGACUGACCUUUGUUUUCACACAGUCGUGAGCACUGGAACCAGGCAGCUACUUUGUAGAUCAGAAGAACUGUAAAUUAGAUGAGUAGAACCUCAACUUCAGGCAAAAAGCCUCCAUUUCUGCGGAAAGAGGGAAGCACCUCAUAUUAAAAGCUGACUGUGAGAGGGCAGCUCAUCAACACUCCAAAUUUAUCCAAAGAUCUUUGGAAGAAUAAGGUGCCAAGCAGUUACACUAGUCUUUGAACUAGUGCACCUCGGUUUUCACCAGUGUGCUGUUCUAAAAGGUCAUACAAAACCAAAGCAAUUUUUUUUUUUAUAGAAAAAGGAUCCUCUGACUUUUAAAUCUUUAAUAUAUAUAUAUAUAUAUAUAUACACACUAACAAACAUUUAAAAGGGAGGCCCACAAGGCUCCAUUCUUGAACUCCUGUAUUUAAAAAAAAUAUAUUUAUAAAUAUUGAAAAUUAGAUAAUUUAAUAAGUAAUAAUUCAAAAUAAAUAUGUGUUUUGGAUUAAAUCAAAAGUAAUAAUAGUAAAAAACAACAAUGAGGUAAAAAUGAAUUUGCAUUAAGUAUCUCUUUACAGCCUUUCAUCGUUCAAAAAAUAAGACCAAAUGUACGAUAAAAGAAAUACUCUGUCUUUGACAUCCACAAAUAUUGACACAAAAGAAAGUUCUGUAAGCCGAAAACAAUGCCAAAUACAUAUCAAUAAACAUUUAAUGUCACUUUUACCUUAAUUGAAGGGCAUAACCAUGCGGAUGCCACCGUCAUACUUUGCUACGAGUGAUUUUUUGAAAUUAUAAUUGUUUCUCACCUUCUUUAUCCAACUACCGGCUCUCGCAGCUUUAAAUAAAUGAGUCCCAUGUGGCUUAUUAUUGCAGUUGUGCUCAAUUAAAAUCAAAACUCUAUUUGGUCAUAUUUUUUACGCGCAAUGUUUGGCCGUGCCAUAACUUGAGACAAACUUAUAGUGAACAUUUUCGUCAAAGACUAAAUGAUACAAAAAGCGGCGCAAAGGGGAAACUGAGGUACUAUUGUGUUUGACCCUGCUUGUGUCUGUAGGCAAAGGAAGAAAUCUGAGCCAAAGCCUUUAAGAUAAAAAAAGAAGCAAGUACUGGGACGUCAGUAACAAUGCACAUAUACGCUCUGAGAGAUUGACACACAAUGUGCUGAAUGUAUUGUCAUUUGGUGUAGCAUCAAUAGAAAGGAGGACCGUCAGGCCAAAAACCCUUAACUUUGACACAGUUUAGUUUUUUUGUGCGAUGGAAAGCUUUACCUAUGUGUUUUUUAUUGUAAAGCUUGCAGUUUUGCCUAAACGUGGACACUUAGAUUGGCCAUAAGCAUGAAUAUGAUUGAAUUUCCAUCCUCAACAGCAUGGGAUAAAGAUUGGCUUUGUAUGUGCUAUUACUGACUUUGCCUCUCUUCAUUAGACCAAAUUGAAUUCCGGUGUUGGCAGUUUAUAGGAAAAGACAAAAAAAUGCGACCAGCGCUGCCAGUCAGUCCAAAAUAACGUUGUUAGCUUCUCUUCCGGUCGUUAAAAGAUGACUAUACGUCGGUGCCUUUUGGUGCAAGUUUUCAACAUUUCAUUGCAUCAGACGACAAUGUCUUAAUUUUAGUCGCUGUCCAAUGGAAAGCGUAUUAGUACCUGUAGUGAGUUAGACGUUUUUCACAUGUUCUUAAGAAUAAUGUCCGGACAAGGACGUAAAGUUGGGUGAGCUUCCCAUUUAAUGACACAACAUGUUACAAUAUAUAACACAAGUGUAGUGGUAGGAAAAAUAAACAGCUGCUGGAAAACAAAAGCUGUUUAUGUGGGCGGUAAACACCGAUAAUCUCCCACCAAUUCUCUACACAUGCGCUUUUAAUGUUACACCCGUGGACACCUAGUGUAAUGACAUGAAAAGAAAUAGAAGAAGGGGCUCCCACAGUAUUUUGGGUUUUGGUUGUUUAUUAGGAUCAAGCAUAAAAAAAUACAUUAGGGUUCAAAUUUUGAGUUUCUUUCAUUGAUUUUUGUUGGUUAGCAAAAUAUUUGGGGUUUUUUGUCGGAUUUCAAAAAUUAGUGCUGUUAAAAUAGAUGUCUUUACUUUUUUAUUGAUAGAAAGAAAUUGUUUUUAAGGUAUCCUGACAGCACCUUAAAGUGCAGAUGAGCCAAUACUUGAUGUGUUGCAGGGGGGUUUGUGUGUGUUUUUGUGUAUUUGCAACUUUCCUUGUCUCAAUGUCCCUUAACUCUGCACACGUUUUGUUCAAGGUUAUUUUAGAUGAUACACAUAGUUAUAUUUAUUUUUUGACAUUUAUUAGUUAAAUAUUGUAUUUAUUUUUGGGCAUCUUUGUUGAGUAAACACAAAAAAUGGACAGUACUUUCGGUUUUCCUUACGAGUGUCUGUUUGUGUGUGUGUGUGUGUGUGUGUCUUCUAUUUAUUUAGUUACACUUUUAAGACUUACCUUCAAAGCUUCGGCAGCCAGCAGGAAAUGAGAUGAACUUCAGUGGAAUAAAAUAAAUAUUUAACUCCUAAACUCUUUCCUUCUCGCCAGCAUCUGUCAUUGGACGGUAAAGUUACAGAAGAAUAAAGAAAAAAACGUUAUUAUUCGAUAUUACAAUUACGCCUUUUGCCUUGGUCAGGUCAAACAAAAUAAGUGCAAAAACACUGUAGGUCAUCUUCAUGAAUGUUUUAUUUAAAAUGUCAAAGGGCCUGCAAAUAAUUAGUGGGGAAUGUGUGCAUGUUUUUUUUUUCUUUGCUUUCUUUGUUUUGCUUUUACUUCUCUGCUUGUUAAAUGGACAUGUUUUCUGGUGGAGGUUUUCAACUACAGAGUGGCUUGAGUUAAAUGGUUGUACACUCAAAAUUAAAAUUAAGAAUACAGUACAA